ACAUCUGUGUAGCAUACAUUUCUGCGCUGCCACAGUUGCUCGGAACUCCUUUCACUGCUGCUGGCAAUGCUUCGUUCCAUUGUACCCAGAAUUUAAUGCAAGACACCUAUUACAAUACCUGAGCAGUCCAGUUGAUAAAACCCCCUGAGUUCUCAUCAUUCCAAAGGCAGCUACACUGCUCCCUCUUAUUAUUCAGUCCAGGGCGACGGGGAUGGAGGUGGAAUGCCUCGCCGGCGACCAGCAGGCGGCACGUUCGGCACAGUGGAUCCAAAAAGGUUGCGAACGACAUUCCCAGCAGAGGGGGUGCCAAGUUUAGCGAUGUGCGAAAACGACUCCACGGUGCCUUUUCCGGCCAUAACAAAUUAGUAGCGGAAACGGAAAUGGCGGAAAACGUCAACGACGAGUGUUGCCAUUGCUGCUGCAGAUGUUGCCUAGCAAUGCGCAGCAGUCAAUACAAGCCCAUAAACUGCCUGGGGAAGCGAACAGAGGGAAAAGCGGCCAGCAAGCGGACCCAGCCUGUUCAGGAAAACGCAAUCCAUCCACAAUCCAAACAAUAGCACAGCCCAGACACUUGCAUCCCGGCCAGAUGCACUAGAGACCACCGGAGCACUGAGCACCGGAUCCCAGCGAACUUCAGGAUCUAGUAGUCCACGAGCCAUGAUUCCCAGUCGCGUCAAACUGAAACGCGGCACGGACGGACCGACGCCCACGGCCACGUCCGCGCCCAUGCCUAUCACAAUGCCAAAGCAAACGCCAAUCGCCACUUUGAACACUGCCAGCUGCCAGCACAAUAGCACAACAAGUAGACGAAAGCCAACCCUCACCCCUCCAAGCGGGCCCAUCUCGCUGCUCCUUUUCACAGUACUGACCCUGCUGAUCCUGGACACCAGAUCCUGCCAGGGCCUCCGACUAACCAACGGAGGCGGCAGCCUGAGCAAGGGCGCGGCGGCCCACAAGGAGCAGCUCAACAUCGGCCUGAUCGCGCCGCACACGAACUUCGGAAAGCGCGAGUACCUGCGCAGCAUCAACAACGCGGUCACCGGAUUGACGAAGACGCGCGGCGCCAAGCUGACCUUCCUCAAGGACUACUCCUUCGAGCAGAAGAACAUCCACUUCGACAUGAUGUCGCUGACGCCAAGCCCGACGGCAAUCCUAAGCACACUGUGCAAGGAGUUCCUCCGCGUGAACGUCUCCGCAAUCCUGUACAUGAUGAACAACGAACAGUUCGGGCACAGCACGGCCUCGGCACAGUACUUCUUGCAGCUUGCCGGCUACCUGGGCAUCCCGGUUAUCUCGUGGAACGCCGACAACUCGGGUCUGGAACGACGGGCCUCGCAAUCGACGCUCCAGCUACAGCUGGCUCCAAGCAUCGAGCACCAAAGCGCCGCAAUGCUGAGCAUCCUGGAGCGCUACAAGUGGCACCAGUUCUCGGUGGUCACGUCGCAGAUAGCCGGCCACGAUGACUUCGUGCAGGCGGUGCGGGAGCGCGUGGCUGAGAUGCAGGAGCACUUCAAGUUCACCAUCCUAAACUCGAUCGUGGUCACCCGCACCAGCGACCUCAUGGAACUGGUUAACAGUGAGGCCCGGGUGAUGCUGCUGUAUGCUACGCAGACCGAGGCCAUCACCAUCCUGCGCGCCGCUGAGGAGAUGAAGCUCACCGGAGAAAACUACGUCUGGGUAGUCAGCCAGUCGGUCAUAGAAAAGAAGGAUGCCCACUCCCAGUUCCCCGUCGGCAUGCUUGGCGUGCACUUCGACACCUCCAGUGCGGCGCUCAUGAACGAGAUCUCUAACGCAAUCAAGAUCUACAGCUACGGCGUGGAGGCCUACCUAACGGAUCCAGCUAACCGGGACCGCCGCCUCACCACUCAGUCUUUGUCCUGCGAGGACGAGGGACGCGGUCGCUGGGACAACGGAGAAAUCUUCUUCAAGUACUUGCGCAACGUGUCCAUCGAGGGCGACCUUAACAAGCCGAACAUCGAGUUCACGGCGGACGGGGACCUGCGCUCGGCGGAGCUCAAGAUUAUGAACCUCCGGCCCAGCGCCAACAACAAGAACCUUGUGUGGGAAGAGAUUGGAGUGUGGAAGUCCUGGGAGACGCAGAAGCUGGACAUCCGCGACAUUGCGUGGCCCGGCAACUCGCACGCCCCGCCCCAGGGCGUGCCGGAGAAGUUCCAUUUGAAGAUCACAUUCCUCGAAGAGGCACCCUAUAUCAAUCUGUCGCCUGCGGACCCGGUGAGUGGCAAGUGCCUGAUGGACCGUGGUGUGCUCUGCCGGGUGGCGGCCGACCACGAGAUGGCCGCCGACAUCGACGUGGGCCAGGCACACCGCAACGAGUCCUUCUACCAGUGCUGUAGCGGCUUCUGCAUAGACCUGCUGGAGAAGUUUGCCGAGGAACUCGGCUUCACCUACGAGCUGGUGCGGGUCGAAGAUGGUAAAUGGGGUACCCUCGAGAAUGGCAAGUGGAACGGCCUGAUCGCCGACCUGGUCAACCGCAAGACGGACAUGGUCCUCACCUCGCUGAUGAUCAACACGGAACGCGAGGCGGUCGUCGAUUUCUCUGAGCCCUUCAUGGAGACCGGCAUCGCCAUCGUGGUGGCGAAGCGCACUGGCAUCAUCUCGCCCACGGCUUUUCUGGAGCCCUUCGACACGGCCUCCUGGAUGCUGGUGGGCAUAGUGGCCAUCCAGGCGGCCACCUUCAUGAUCUUCCUCUUCGAGUGGCUCUCGCCCAGCGGCUACGACAUGAAGCUCUACCUACAGAACACCAAUGUCACCCCGUACCGCUUCUCCCUGUUCCGCACCUACUGGCUGGUUUGGGCCGUGCUCUUCCAGGCCGCCGUCCAUGUGGACUCGCCGCGAGGUUUCACUUCGCGCUUCAUGACCAAUGUGUGGGCCCUCUUCGCUGUGGUAUUUUUGGCCAUAUACACUGCCAACCUGGCCGCCUUCAUGAUAACGAGGGAGGAGUUCCACGAGUUCAGCGGUCUCAACGACAGCCGUCUGGUGCAUCCCUUCUCCCACAAGCCCUCCUUCAAGUUCGGCACCAUCCCGUACAGCCACACGGACUCGACCAUCCACAAGUACUUCAACGUCAUGCACAACUACAUGCGGCAGUACAACAAGACGAGCGUGGCAGAUGGAGUGGCCGCCGUGCUCAACGGCAACUUGGACUCCUUCAUCUACGAUGGCACAGUGCUGGACUAUCUGGUUGCCCAGGACGAGGACUGCCGGCUCAUGACCGUGGGCAGCUGGUAUGCCAUGACGGGGUACGGGCUGGCAUUCAGCCGCAACUCAAAGUAUGUGCAGAUGUUUAACAAGCGGCUGCUCGAGUUCCGAGCGAACGGGGACCUAGAGCGGCUGCGACGCUACUGGAUGACGGGCACGUGCCGUCCGGGCAAGCAGGAGCACAAAUCCUCGGACCCGCUGGCGCUGGAGCAGUUCUUGUCCGCCUUCCUGCUCCUGAUGGCCGGCAUUCUGCUGGCGGCGCUCCUCCUGCUGCUCGAGCACGUCUACUUUAAGUACAUCCGCAAGCGGCUGGCUAAGAAGGACGGCGGCCACUGCUGCGCCCUCAUCUCCCUGUCCAUGGGCAAGUCGCUGACCUUCCGGGGCGCCGUCUUCGAGGCCACCGAGAUCCUGAAGAAGCACCGUUGCAACGACCCCAUCUGCGACACACACCUCUGGAAGGUCAAGCACGAGCUGGACAUGUCUCGCCUCCGUGUCCGCCAGCUGGAGAAGGUCAUGGACAAGCAUGGCAUCAAGGCGCCGCAGCUGAGGCUGGCCUCCUCCUCGGACCUGCUAAACCACCAUCAUCUCAAGGAGCGACCGCCACUGCUGGGCAACCUGAGUCUCGCCGCCAGCGCCCAAGAUCUAUACAGGUGGUCGUACAAGACGGAAAUCGCCGAGAUGGAGACAGUGCUUUGAAGCGUUUGGAGCACUUGGAGCUGCACACGGAGAAGCGACUGUUACUCACACUAGACAAACAUUCGCAAUCGAGCCGGAGUGCCAUCCUUCAGCGAGUACGUCUAAUCAAAAUCAACGUUUCAAACAAAAUGUGAACUAAAAGCUUUCGAAAGUUAGGGACGAGAUAGCGAAAGAGAAAUUGAACCCAAAGCGCCUCACGAAAACCGCACACACACUCGAUAGUCAGUAGUAGAUAGUCGAGGAUAGAGAAUCCAGAAUCAACAAUCCACAAUCCAGAAUCAAGAACUAAGCCCAGAUUUGCAGCCCAGAAAAGCCCAGAGAUUGUAUAAAGUUAAACUAAAUGUAAAACAGUAAAACCAAGCAUUAAACUAAGUGGAACACGGGAAGUAACAAGCAAAAAACAAGCAGCCGCCGCACGAGUAUUUCAUAAACAAAGUUUUAAAGAGAAGAUGGGGAGAUCAACCGUUGCAUUUUUGGCGAUUGAACUGUUAAGCGUUAACAUGAAGCAGUAGAGGAAUAGGAGUAGGUCCAACCCAGAGUUGGCCAUGUUUUCAAUAUUUACGAAUCAUAUUCAAGUAAGCGUAUGUCGAAGGCAAACACGAUGACGAGGACGAGGAAAGGCGCCGGUUGUCACGCCCAUUAUUAAAUGUACACAUUAACAGAUUUAUAUGUAUUUACUAUGAUUACGACGAUAUAAAUGUUAUUGCAUAUACACGUACAUACAUAUACAUAUACAUAUACAUUUAAAGAACAAACAAGAAAUAUUUACAUAUGAAUAUACAUAUAUGUAUGUAUCUUAUAUUUUUCUGUUUUUGAUAUAAAAAUUGCUUAUGCGCCGCCAGCAAAAACAAGACGAAAAACCAAAAACCAAAUACACAAGAAGAAUCAAAAGCAAGGCCAAACACGAAAUUUUCAUCUCGCUAUGAGAUUCCCACACGACUAAACAAGGCUUCAUUUUAGUUUCUCCCUCCCGCUUAGCUGCUUUCCUUUGUUUCUUUCACUUUCACUUUCUUUCGCUUGCUCGCUGAGAGAGAGUCAAGCCCCCGCACACCCGCACCCACACACCACUAUCCUCCAUUAUCCUAGUCAUCCUGGCAAGGAGAAUAGGCAAAUGAGAAAUUCACCCGUUGGAGUGACUCCUGCAUGUGAAAGUUAUGGCAAACUCUCUCCCCUCUCUCUCAACUCAACCACUGCUUACUGCACACCGCCCCUCACCACACACCCACUCACCUAACUACGAGAGAUAAAAAAUAUUUAUAAAUGUGCAUUGUUGUUGUGGCGAGCAAAACAUGCUUAAAUCAGAUUUAAAGUAAACUUGAAAUCGAAUUAAAUAUGUACAAAGGUUAAACGAUUUAAACUAAAAACGCGACGUAAAUAAUUAAUGAGCUAACUGACGAAUCGGAGGAGAUGUAUUGUGUUGGUAUUUAUUUAUGUGUGUCUUCUAAGUGUUUAGCGAUCCUCGAGGAUCACCAAUACUAAAAGCAAGCGCAAAACGUAAAUGUAAACGAAAAAUUGAACUAACUAAUGCAAAUUUAAACAAACUUAAUAUACACUAGACAACCAAACACGCACGGCCGCUUAGCUGUGCGUGUGCUUCUUCGAGACUCUUUUCGUUAACGUAACGCCAUCUCUGUUUGUUUAAGCCGUUAUACAGUUAUACCGUUAUGUUCCACGCACACACCCCACUCGCCGUUCAAAACGACGACAGCGGUGCGAGCGAGACAGCACUGCAACACAGCACUACAACUAGAACACAAGACGAACGGACUCAUGAACUAACUAGUGACAAAAACGGACAAAAAACAACAAGAACGAAAACAAUGUUAACAGAAAACUAGAAAACAAAACAAAGAAACUUAUUGAGUUUUAUUUGCAAAAGAGUGAUUUUUUGUAGUGGAAAUAUUUUAUACACAAGAUACGGAUGGUUCAAGCGGACGACAUAGCGAAUGUUAAUUAUUACGUAUAUGUAUAUAUUUUUUAAGACAAAUUGUUCAAAUUUAUUAUACGAAUACUACCAAACAAAGCGAGUCGAUACCAAAGCAAAGCCGAAUCGAAAACUGGAAAAUGAUGUUGCAGACAACAAAAUAGUUUUAAUAGAAUGGAGAGGAUGUCGAAGAAGGGAACGAAGGAACGGAGAAGAGAAGUGAAAACAAAACGGAAAAACGGACAAAUUAAAACAAGUAAAACAAGUUAACAUUACAUUAUAUAAGUAGUUAGUAAUUUAAAACUAAACCCAAAGAAAAUAAGCUAAACAUCACGACAAAUGAUAAAAGCAUUCAAAAAAAGGUUUAUGUAUACAAAAAGAUGUUUUUUUUAAUAUAUUAUUAAUGUUACUAAGUUACGAGUGCGAAUAACGAGCGUGCACACAGUCACACUGUCCAGACACCCACACCAACACGAAUAACGAGUGCAUUUUGUUAGAUGUUAAACAUAUGUAUGUAGCAUGCUGAGGAGAACAGAAACCAAAUCACAAGCAUCAAUUGAAGUCGAAUCAAUUUUUAAACGCAGAGAUAUGUACACCUCCCCGUGCAUAACGCAUAACGAGGGACAGAAUUCGAAUCUCAAUCCAAAAACAAAACAAAAGUCGGUCGCCAGCUCCUGUCCCCCGUCAGCACGUGAGCGAAGGAGGGAGCGGGACAGGACGGCACGGCACGACGACCGAUCGUAUUUCAAGUUACUAACACAACACAAUUUUUUAACCACGCCAGAGGAUCGAGAAAAGCGUUUCACGUACUAAUCUAAGCAAAUGGAAUAUGCGUACAUUGUUGUGGUAGUUACAGAUGGCGAGGAGCAUACACGUAAUUAAAAUAUAAACAAACUUGCAAUAAAUGUGUAUACAAAAGGUA